GCGGUGAUGCCGGGCGGCUCUGCCUUCCCGCUGCCCCCGCCGCGCCCGCGGAGCGCACGGAGGGACCCGCACCGGCUCCCCAGGUAGGGGACGGGGACAGGGUCACCCCCCGAGAGGCUGCAGGGCCACCUCCGGGCAGGCGACACCCCUCCGUCCCGGCAGAGAACCUCGCCCGCAAGGUACGACCCCCCCAGUUUUCUGCAGCUCUGCUGGGGAGGAGGAAAAGCGGCGGCUCCGGCGGAGGCUGAAGUCACCGGCAGGAACAUCGCGAAGCUUUGCCCCCACCUCUGGGAGUCUGUCUGCCCCACAAAGAAUGUGCUGACCCCCGUGAGUGGGAUUUUGGGGGAGCAGAGCCGCAUGAGACCGGAACUCAUCACACAGAAUCAACCCCCGAUCUGGCCCUUCCAUGGCUUCAGCAAUGUUGCCAGGGAAAGCAGAGAAAAGAAUUGCUUCAUCCAUCUUCAUCACCCUCGUGCCACCACGGAGGGACGUGGCCACCAAGGAGAAAACCCAGCGGGAUCCGCAGCCAGGUGGUGCCGGGGUCCCUGGCACCCACCAGCCCCCGAUCCUGCUGUCACCCCCCCAGUUACCCAACGGAGAAACCCACACGGUGGCCCCUGUACCUGCAUCCCCACCAGUCCUGCCCCUCUCUGAAGUGCCCCAGCCUUUGUCCAUGGAGCCACUGAGUCUGGCACUGCAGCAACUGGACCUUGCACCACCUGCCACCCUCCAGGCCUCUUCCACCUUCCCUGCUGAAUUGAAGCCACCCACAUUUUCCCGGGAGCAAGCAGGCAAGCGGCAGUGGCAGGAUGUGAAUGGGGACCCGGGGAGGGACAGCUCCAGAGACAUCUGUGCCUUCUGCCACAAAGCGCUGGGGCCGCGGGAGCCGACAGUGGAGGCGAUGCGGAAGCAGUACCACCCCGACUGCUUCACCUGCCGCACGUGCCGCCGACUCCUGGCUGGGCAGCCCUACUUCCAGAGAGAUGGGUGCCCCACGUGUGACACCUGCUUCCAGGCCACGCUGGAGAAAUGUGCCAAGUGCCAGGGGCUGAUCACAGAGCACAUUGUCCGUGCCCUGGGCAAGGGUUACCACCCCAGCUGCUUCUCCUGCGCUGCCUGUGGCCGGGCCAUCGGCACUGAGAGCUUCGCCUUGGACGAGCAGGGUGACGUGUACUGCGUGCCCGACUACUACAGGUUGGCCCUGGGGGAGGGUGUCCCACACUGGGAGCUGGGUUUGGCUCGUUCCCAUCACCCUGCAGGGCUCACGCCACCCCCGUUGGCUCCCAACAGGAAAUACGCCGUGGUGUGCAGCGCCUGCGAGCGCCCCAUUGUCCCCCAUGAGGACGAGGACACCUACAAGAUCGAGUGCCUGGGACGCAGCUUCCACGAGAGCUGCUACCGCUGCGAGAGCUGCAGGACGCCCCUGUCACCGGAGCUGACAGAGAACGGGUGCUACCCCCUGGACGACCACCUCCUCUGCAAGUCCUGCCACAUCCACUGGCGCAACGAGUCGUCCUGCUGAGACCCUGAUGCUCAUCAACCCCUUCCAGUGCCAGGCACCAAAAAGGAGGUGCCCCCAGUGGGAUGCACCCCAUGGCUGACCCUGGGCGCCUGCUGCACCCCCAGAUUACUGCAGAACUGAGUUUUCAUCGCCAAAAAUGUCCCCAGGACCCUGACCCAGUGGGUUGGCAGGGUGGAGAAUUGUGGAUAUGUCCCGGCACAGCUCUGUGCUCAUGAUAAAUAUAAAAUGCCCUGACAGAGCAGCAAUGAGGAAUGGAGGGUUUAUUCCUUAUAUCUUUUUUAAAACUCCUUUUCCCAAAGGCCAGUUUGGUUUUCUUGGGUGGUGUUUCUUUCUUCUCAAGCUUCCUUGGGGUUUCACUGAAAUGUUUCUCUCUGUGGAAGAUCAGGGCACUGAUUUAGUUACUCGCAGUUAAAUAAAACCCCGAGUUUAAAACUCUCAUUCCUUUCAUCCACCCUGCAUUCCAAACCUAUCAAAUCCAAGUUUAAAAAUAAGGAAAAAAAGCCGGUUUUGGAUUUUCUAGGCGUGGUGAGAGUUGGUCCAUAAAAGUUGAUUUUAGGGUGUAGUGAUGUGGCAGAUACUGCUGUCACCGAGGGGAGAGCC